GCGACCCUUCUUAAGCGUGGAGGGGCGAAGGCCGGGACAUGGUGAUCUGGCCACAGAGCAACCAGCUCUUCGGAGCUCGCGCAGCCGAGCUCCCAGGCCGUAGUUCCCGGGGGCGGGCAGGCGCUGCGGGCUCCCAGGCUCCCCGCCUUCCCCGGCACCCGAGCGGGCCAUGCGCCCGGGCUAGAGCGUAGCCGCCGGCAUGCCGCUCCCGCUGCUGCUCGCCGCGCUCUGCCUCGCCGCCCUCCCGGCGCCCGCGCGCGCCUGCCAGCUGCCGUCGGAGUGGCGACCCCUGAGCGAGGGCUGCCGAGCAGAGCUGGCCGAGACCAUCGUGUAUGCCAAGGUGCUGGCGCUGCACCCUGAGGUGCCCGGUCUCUACAACUACCUGCCGUGGCAGUACCAAGCUGGAGAGGGAGGGCUCUUCUAUUCCGCCGAGGUGGAGAUGCUGUGUGACCAGGCGUGGGGCAGUAUGCUGGAGGUGCCCGCCGGCUCCCGGCUCAAUCUUACAGGUCUGGGCUACUUCUCCUGUCACUCCCACACGGUGGUCCAGGACUACUCCUAUUUCUUCUUUGUCAGAAUGGAUGAAAAUUACAAUCUCUUGCCUCAUGGAGUCAAUUUCCAAGAUGCCAUCUUCCCAGACACACAAGAAAACAGAAGGAUGUUUUCCAGCCUCUUCCAGUUUGCUAAUUGCUCCCAAGGGCAGCAGCUGAUGACCUUCUCGAGCGACUGGGAGAUCCAGGAAGACAACAGGCUCAUGUGCUCCUCGGUGCAAAAGGCCCUGUUUGAGGAAGAGGACCACGUCAAGAAGCUGCAGCAGAAGGUGGCCACCCUGGAGAAGCGCAACAAGCAGCUCCGUGAGCGGGUGAAGAAGGUCAAGAGGUCUCUGAGGCAGGCGAGGAAGAACAGCCGCCACCUGGAGCUGGUCAAUCAAAAACUCAAUGAGAAGCUGGCGGGCGCAGGUGCCCAGCAGCACCUCAAUGCCCUGGGCCGGGAGCCCCCGCGCGCCCCCUACCUGCACGGGUAGCAUGUGCAGGAGGAUGCAGGCCUGCCUUGCCUCUCCCCUGAGGGAAUAAAUGCGGUUCCGUACACGCACUUAUUUCAAACACUAUAGGAGAUACUCAUUAGGCAUUUGGUAGAGUCUAACUGGGUAAAACGACGAGUCUUACUUUCUUUCCCAUUGGGUGCUGGGCCUCACUGGCCACUCGGCUUCAGACCUUAUUGUACGGCAUGCCCUUUUUCUGUCCUGGUGCCGCACAAUACCUUAAAGCAGUAGGAUCUCCCAAUUCUGGGCCAUCUUGAGUCUGGUCCUCAACCUCAAAAGUGUCUCUUCACUGUGGAGAGACCAUUCUAGAAGAGAACAUACACGAAGAUAUCACGGGACUCUUUUUAUUUCAGAAGAGAGUCAGUGUGAGUCUCGGCAAUCAGAGCUGGCACAGCCUGCAUUCUGAAGAGACACCGUUUUACAGAGCCUUCCGGAAUGGCCUGCUGCUUUUGUUCACAGUUUUAGAAGCAGGGUGCCCACAUGCAAAUGUGCAGAGACCCCUACUCUAGUCAGAAUUUCCCUCACAGUCAACACAUGUUAAGGCUUUAAUGAGUUUAUCACAAGCAAGGGAACUGAAUAGGGAACUGAGCGGCUGGUAAUUGGUAAAGAUAACUUAUAUCAGUUUUCCAACCCCAGCCCUCCAGGGCUGACAUGAUACCCACAGGCUGCUUUAGUCUAAAGAGUAAUUGCUUUUGUGGACACACUAUGUUUCAAGACGCUGGGAGUCAACCUAGUAUCUUGUGCUUGUCAGAUAAGUUUCUAGUGUUGAGCUGUACACUCGGCCCUACUGUAUGUUUGAACCAGGCCUCUUUUGAUGGACAUGUAAGGAUGUUUUCAACUCUUGUUCCCAAAUUGGAAUUUAGCUCUGACAAUGUAGAGUCUUAACUUGGUUUGCUCAGCCUGUUGUGCCUUUGAGUUCAAGGUCAAUGACCCCAACACACUGGUACUGUCUGCUCUGCAAAUGCAUCUCCCUGCCUGGUGGGAUUCAGUGAGGGCCGUCUUCCCACCCAGGAUCCCAAAGGGUGUUGUCUAGGUAUACCAACCCAAGCUUCUACACAACCUCCCAGAAACACACACACACAGUCUCCUCCAGGUUCCCCUCAGAAGGUCUGUGCAUACCCUAAUAGAAGUAUUUGUGUAACAGUGCACUUUCUUGUAAUCAACUCUUUAACAAAGCAUUCUCUUUGGAAAGAGCUUCAAGGCAGUUAGUUCAAUAAGAGCGUGCUCACUGCCCUUCCCACUUAAGAAGGAUCGUGUCUCAGCUGUGCUAUUCAGAAGUCAGCUGAGUGGCUGCUGCUUCUUCUCUACUGCUGAUGGCCCUCCAGACCAAAUAUCCUCCCAUGUUGUCCUACCAAUAGAGAGAAUCCUUUGUCUCUCCAGUGUCUACCAUCCAAAGCCCACUCCAGACGCACGAGGCUGAUAAAAUGGCCAUUCUGUCACACUGCUACCCUUGUGCUUUUCGGAAGUCCAGGCACCUCUGUGAGAAGUACCUUGUAUUGUAUGAGUAUUGUGCUCUUGGCUAGACUGGGCAUGAUGGGAACUUCUAUUCUGGGACCAAUCUUUCUCCACCCUCAGCCCCUUUAACAGCACUGUUCCUAAUUUGCUACAUAGGUGUGCCUUCUCUUUAAUUCUCCCUGGGGACAUUCAAAUAAAGAGGUUCUGUUGCCUCCCAAGAGAAUGGCAAGCUUAGAGAUGACAGAGCCAGGACUCGGUGAACUGUGGAAGCCAAGAUGCGCUAUGUUCUGCUUUCCCAAUAAACAUGCGCAGUGGUUGCAACCGCAA